UCAUUGGCAACAAAAAUAAUAUCAGAAUAGAUUGAGAUAAAAGAUCAAACAAAGCUAUCCACUCCUUUUUCUCAGAUCCGAAACGCCGUCGUCUUAGUCGGAACCGCUUCGAUCCACAAUGUCUUCUACUUUCAGCGGCGAUGAAACGGCACCGUUCUUCGGCUUCCUCGGCGCCGCUGCUGCUCUCGUCUUCUCCUGUAUGGGAGCUGCAUAUGGGACGGCUAAGAGUGGUGUUGGUGUGGCUUCAAUGGGUGUGAUGAGGCCUGAAUUGGUGAUGAAAUCUAUUGUACCAGUUGUUAUGGCUGGUGUUUUGGGUAUUUAUGGCUUGAUUAUCGCUGUCAUUAUUAGUACUGGAAUCAAUCCUAAGGCCAAAUCGUAUUACCUUUUCGAUGGUUACGCCCAUCUUUCUUCUGGUCUUGCUUGUGGCCUUGCUGGGCUUUCUGCUGGAAUGGCAAUUGGAAUUGUCGGCGAUGCUGGUGUCAGAGCUAACGCACAGCAGCCAAAGCUUUUUGUUGGAAUGAUCCUUAUCCUCAUCUUUGCUGAAGCUUUGGCUCUUUAUGGUCUUAUUGUCGGCAUUAUCUUGUCAUCUCGGGCUGGACAAUCCCGAGCAGAAUAAGAUAACUCAAGUGCUGCAUAGUAUUCUCUUAUUGAUUUUAUCUGUAGCACUAGACCGAAAACCAUUUCGAUCAAUAUCAGGUUAGUUAUGGUUGGACAGCAAGUGCCGCGUUCGCACAUAAAUAUUGAUGAACAAUUUUUUUUGGGUGGAUGCUCUUUUCCUCUUUGUAGUAGUAGAAAUUGAGUUUCUCUUUAAGUCUUAAUAAAAUGUUUUGGAGCUUUUCCUUGUUU